GCGAAACAAAGCAAGCAGCCCCGCCCCGCAAGCAGGUAGUGAGUAGCCUUGCGCGCUUGGCGCUCGCCGCCCUCGGAGACCAUGGCUUCCCUCUCAGCACCUCCUCCGAACCUAAGCAAUUGCACGCCGUACGCCGCAACCGAUCCCGUCCUGGGCCACAUCAUCGUUUUCUACAGCUCGCUGUCCUCGUCGUCGUCGGCUCCGUCGCAUCCAUCCUCUCCAUCGGUGUCCCACGGCAGGAUCGAAGCCCACAUCUUCAGCUGUGCGGGUUUCCAGAGUUACCCGAAGCUUGCGCUGUCACAUUCGUCGCCGCUCUAUGCCGCCGUCAACCACCUUCCGCUGCAGAAGCAGACCUCGGAGAUACAUCGCGGAUUCGCCAUCGCCGUGCUGAAGUACUUCUCGGAGCUAUCGAAGGCUGUCAAGGAAACACUGCUGAGGAGCCAGGGCAAUGGUGCUACGCCGGGGGAGGCGCAGGCGGUAGCCUUCGAUGAAAUGCAUGCGGGGGACCUGGCGGCACGACUUAAGGAGGUGGAGACGGAGAGUCUGGCGACCGAUCUGAUGUGCGCGCUGGCCGAGCGGUUCGUCGGCGCUGUGGAUCUGGACAUUGUUGUGCGGUCGUCAGAAAGCAACCUUGCGGUCGAUCCAGAUUUGGUUCCCGAGGACGUCGAGAAGAUUCUGAGCGGCUUCGGUGAACCGACGUACCUACCGUUUUCGAAGCUGAAGCGCGCGGCGAGUAGACCGGCGUCAACGAUUAUACGACCUAAGUCCCUCAAGGAUACAGCCGAAGCUCUAGAGCGAGAGCUGGAGGAGCUGCGGCACACGGAGGAGAACUAUGUUGCGAAAUUGCGAGAGCUAUUGGAAGAUAUUGCCAAACCUCUAAAGCAACGGCGACCUUCAUCGAGGAAGGGCGAGGGAUCAACUCUGUCGCCAAAGGAUUUGGAUACUCUGUUUCCGCCAUGUUUAGAGACCAUAAUCGAAGUCAAUGCACGGUUUCUGCAAGGCAUUAGGACCGGCGGAAUCGAGGACGUGAGCAAAUGCUGCCUGGAAAGCUUUCCUUCUUUCAAGAAACCCUAUGAAGAGUACAUGCAGGCCAGCGCGGAGUUCCCGCAACUGCUUGCAAAGCUCACGAAGCAGAAAGACUCGUCUGUCUCAAAGAGGAUUCAGCAAACCGGAGAGCAGAAACUGCGUUCAUUGAUCAUCGAGCCUGUCCAGAGACUCCCGAGGUAUUCGCUUUUGAUAGACAAUAUGCUCAACCUCCUACCAAGUGAUCAUUCUUCGCUGGGGCCACUCAACGACGCCCGUGGAAUAAUAACGGAGAUAUGUUCCCUUCAAUCAUCGGAAACGACCGAACGGACGACGACCGUUAAACGGCUUCAGUCGUUCAUCGCUUCGUGGCCGCUCCAUCUACAACCGGCUGGACGUUUGAUUACAGCAAUAGAUUACCUGGAUAUUAUGCCUCCUUACAACGACAACACAUCCGAAGCAGCAUCCUCGUUAUUACUGCUAUUCCCAGACUGCGUGGUAUUUCUCCGGCGGCCAAGUUCGAAAUCCGUGCUUGCUAGGGGAGUCAUGGCGGAAGUGGAUCGACCAGGUGGCGGUGUUGCUACAAAUGCCGGAAGCGGGGCUAGGAGGGAUGGCGGCGGGCAUGACCUGCAGUUCAUCGGCUGGGUUGACAUCGCUGACGUCAAGCCGGCCGGAAGCGAUGUUGGCACCGUUCUGUGGAUGACUUUGGCAAGUAACCUGAAGGACGGUUGGGAUAUCAGAGCAGGCGGUACGAGUCUGCGCAAAAUGCGGCUAUUGAAUCAAUACGAAGGGCGUGCCCAUAAAGUGGAGGAGGAAUUUGCGAAGGCGAGACUGGAGAAACGGAUGGGGCGCAAGACGAAGGGCGUUAUCGGAUUGCGAGAAACCAAGUGCGAUGGACUGACUCUCUGGAGCUGUGUCUGGGGAAGUCAAGCCGGGUAUUCGCAAAUGAAACAGAAAGGUUCGACGGUUGUCUAUCUGGACAUCGGGACCACGGGCUCCACGGCCAGUCGAUCUCAGUUGGUGGGUGAUGUGGGUAAGAAUGGUGUCGACAUCGUCUUCAGCCUUGAGGAAUCGAAAGCGAAGCAGCUAAGACUUGAAUGCCGAAGUUGGAACGAAUAUGCCUCCACCGAUACCGUUUCCUACGAAGAACUCCUUCCGGCGUUUACAAUGAGGUUAUCUUCAUUACUGCGCCUUCACACCUCACCUCAACAUCCCCCAUUGACUUCUGCGCUCCUCUCCGCGAACAGAAAGCUUUUGCGCGCCCUCGGCGUGCCAUUUGAGGGUGAAGGAAGAUUCAGCAAGCUGCGACCACCUAGUCCAGUGAAACUCAUCAACUCCAUCUUAAACACGCCUGGAAGCCCGAACAAACAGAGGGUGGGUUUGAUGGAACGAACUCAAAGUCAGAUGCUACCUCCCAAAGAACUGCGGCCUAUAAGCAUGUUCCAACGCGGCACAACCGUUAUCGGCUUCGCCGGAGAGGGCGAGGCAUCGGAUGGAGAGGGCCGUCAUAGAAUCACUAUGGCUAUUGAAAGUCCACUAAGAAAGCUCGAGGAUACGUUUGAGGCACUCGUCAACACUAUGCGGAUGAUAGGAAGCUCGGGUGUAGAUCUCGGACCGCUCUACGAGAUUCACAAAGUGGACCACGAGGCGGUUGAUUUUCUUUUGGGCCAACUGGUGGCGGAUCCCCGGAGUUGUCGCCUUGAGAAAGACAUUGGCAUCGAUGUCGUCUUUGUCGCCUUUGCGAAAUUCCUGAGCUCUCCUUGGAGGGAUGAAAUGGGCCCUGUCAUUAGUGAAGCUGCUUUGGCGGAGCUACGGGACAAAAGCGGCACACUUUAUCCAGGAGAUUUCGAGGACUUCUUUAGGAUUUUCGUCCUCGAUUGGACCCCUCAGAACAAGAGGGCUUUCCGAACCAUCAUUGUGCUGCUGAAGGAGAUGCAAGAGAAGGUUGAGGCGGAGGAUGACAAGGGCAUGUUGACGAAAGCUUUCACGGAGUUGCUGGUGGGAGAGGAGGUCAAUGCUUUGGAUUACAUGGGUCUGGUUGAUAUGUUGGUUGGAGACAUGGAUACCCUGUUUAGUGGUCAGUACUUGUCUUUCAUACGGAUAUACUUUGUAAAGUAUCUGACGGUGUAUUCUACAGAGGCACCGCCACCGCGGCUUGAGAACGGUGCAGUCAAAAGGGCUAAAUCGGUCAACGUUGUGCCCAAUCCCUCUUCGCUCCGGAAACGGUUGGGCCUCAGUCAUUCCUCAUCGGUGCGUGAGGGCUCUAGACUCGAUAUGUCGAGGCCCCAUUCCGUGUGGCGGACUUUGAGCAAGAAGGACAACAAAACCCGAAUGGAACGCUCCAAAUCAAUUGACUAUGGCCGUGCCGGGGUAAUCCCACCACCUCUCCGUCCCAGCUCCAGAGACCGCCCAAUAGUGUUGGGAUCCGGCGGUGGGUAUGGCGGCAUGGGCGGACCCAAUGGACCCAUAACUCCCACUCAGACCGCCCCGAGGCCAAUGUCAACAAUCCUCGCAUCACCCAUCCAUCUAGUCCCACCUGGAGAACCUGCACAGAAUUCUCGCCGCAAGAGAAGGAGUAGUCUUGGGGACCUGACAAACCACCCAGAUUACCGUCAACUGCAUCCUGCACCCACACUCACUCCACCAAUUAAGAGCAACUCGGAGUUAAAUCUCGAUGUCUACCAUGAUGGACCUAAGCCCCUGCCACUACCACCACCACCGCCACCACCGCCGCCGCUAGAACUGCAGCGAUCUACCCCGAGCCCCCGAGAGCAAUCCCGCCUGGGCUCAUCACACAGCCACCAGAGCGACGAAAACUCUCCACCGUCGACAUUAUCGGGGCGGCAAAAUGCCCGCAAGUCGUUUGGUGCGGCUUCGGCGGUGCCGGUACCCCAGAGACUGAAGAUGCAGAGUACGCAGAAGCUCCGUGAGCGCCUCAACACCGAAAAACAAGCCCUUAGCACUGCAACAGUCGACUCAAACCUGCAGCGGGAAAUUGAUCUGAUAGGCGCAGAACUGAGCUCCGCUAUGAACUUGAGCUCACGUACCCGCACACCCACACAGGCACAAACAGCUGACGCCGCCAAAUACCGGGACCUUUCCGCCCGUCUUGCCGCUCUCGAGGCGCGCAUCACGUCCUCCCCUGCAGCACCCUUCCCCAUACUCAACUCACCCAGCCUAGCUGAUGUCGAAAGAUUAAAAGCGCUGCUGGCACGCAAGGAAAAGGAACUCGCUGGCGCAGAUAAGCUGCUGAAUGACUGUGUCGCCGAGAACGACGUGCUGUUUGAACGUUUUAACGAGGAGCUCGUGAAGAUGUCCAACGGCUUCAAGCUGGGCAAGGGUGAAGCCGAAGUACUGGAGAUGCUGCGGCAGUUACGAGAGGAGCAGGGAAGACUCAAGAGGGAGAAUAUGCUCCUGAGAAGAGAAAAUGUAUCGCUGAAAGCAGCACCACCGCCGCUUCUGCCGCCACCAUUACAGCCGCAGCUACAUCACCCACCGCAGAAACAACCGCACCACGGACACCAGUACGGCAUGAGUUUUUAGAAAAAAUUCGGGUCGGAGCCGGUAUCUAGGAAAGAUGGGGGGAGGGGGAAGGGGUUAUAAGUUAGUUGUUGGGUACCUUGUUUUGUGCGGGUACGGAGUAGGAGCGGUCUGUCUGUAGGAGCGGCCCAUAGGCAUUGUCAAAGCGGGUAUCCCCCGACUAUCCCCAUCAUCUCAAUCCCCUUUUGCCUAAAUGACAGUUAAUAAAUCAACAUGACAAUCUGUCCCGCC